AUGUCAGGUAGAAGACGAUAUAGUAACGACAGAGAUGGCACCAAGAGGCAGAAACUAGAACUGAAAAAUGCACGAUUCCAUUCAAACAACCAACCAAACAAACAAACAAACGACAAAUCAGCAAGUUCAGUGCGACUCGGAGCAGUGAGUUCGUCUGAGGCAGGAGUUUCAUCUCAAGCAUCUUCUGAAGGAAAAGGUGGACUCAAUGUAGAAAUACAUCCUCUUCUCAGAGCUACCGUUCCUACUCCUGCCCUUCCUAAGAACCAUAAUCCUCUUUCACAGAAUGUCCGGAAGUGGUUUGAUCCCUUUGCCAUCAAUCCAUACUUGAAACAGACAGACUCGUCUGUUCCUCAGCAUAAACCAAGACAGUUAGUUUUCAACCCCAAGGGAAGGUAUAUAGCACAAGGAGAUGCCCUUCGUGAAAAGAUAGCUCUUGAACAACAGCAUAAAAAGGAACUUGAAGAAAAAAAGGCCCGAGGUCUAGCUCCUGAUGAAAGUCUUGGGGAGCAAUUGUACAAACCCGAACAUCCUCCUCUGCUUGAAUGGUGGGAUAAGCCAUUUGUAUUGGACAGAGACUAUUCACAAAUUGAAGAUUCAACCAGAUUGAAUUUGAAUGAUGAAGAACAGCCAGUUUCCAUAUAUAUCCAGCAUCCUGUUUUCAUUCCACCACCAUGGGAAAAACUCAAUCCUGAAGCCAAACCCAUGUACUUGACCAAGAAAGAGAGAAAGAGAAUCAGAAAGAACGAAAGACUGGAAAAGCACAAAGACAAACAAGAUAGAAUUAAGCUUGGUCUUGAUGCACCUCCCCCACCAAAAGUCAAACUCUCUAACUUAAUGAAUAUUCUCACCAACGAAGCCAUCAAAGAUCCUACUGCUAUAGAAAUGCGUGUACGACAAGAAGUAGAAGAAAGACUCCAGAAUCAUUUAGCAACAAACGAAGCUAGGAAGCUUACUAAAGAACAGAGGCACGAAAAGAUACAGGAACAAAGAGAAAAAGACCUCUCUAAGGGAUACUUUACUUCUGUUUACAGAGUAGAUAAUCUCAGCAACCCCCAACACUUCUUCAAGGUGAACAAGAAUGCCCAGCAGCUCGAUUUGGUGGGUAUCUGUUUGAGAAAUCCCAAGUUCAACUUGAUAGUAGUAGAAGGAGGACACAAAAGCAUCAAAUUCUUUAAUAAGCUUCUUACUAAAAGAAUCAAAUGGACGGAGAACGUUGUUCCUAAGCAUAGUAAUGAGUCUACACAAGAACUCCAAGACUUGUCUGCUAACAAAUGCUAUUUGGUGUGGGAGGGCCAGGUCAAAGAGCUUAGUUUCCAGAAAUGGAGUGUGAUGUACUCACGUGAUGAAUAUGAAGCAUUUGACGUGCUCAAUAGAUUUAGGAUCGAGAAUUAUUGGAGAGAAGCUUUAGUUGUAGAAAACUAA